UAACAGCAGCAGCAGCAGCAACAACAACAGCAGCAGCAGAAGUUACAACAACAAUAAAAAACGUCUCCAGCAUUCAAUGCCUGAAAGGACUUUGGCACCAGCAUUAAGCGUAAACUUUAACAGAACUUGAAACUAAUUGAAAAUAUCAAAAUAAUUAUAAAAGAAAAGCAACGGAGGGGAAGCAAAGAAAAUAAAAAAGUAAUAGCAAGCAAUGCUUUAGCAUUCUUUUGAACUUCGUAACCAACCAAGUCAGCCAGCCAGUCAGCAGUAAAUCAAACCGAUAAUCAAUCUAUUCAAUACUACUGUGAAUGCUAUUCCUCAGCUGGCAUUAGAAGCGAAAACGCAAAGCAAAAAAAAAAGAAGUAUAGAGCGCAAGAGAGAAAGAGAAAGAAGGAGAAAGAACGAACGAGAAUAAGUAAACGUUGGACUUCAUCAAUCUCUCAUCAUCACAUCCUUACCGCCGUUCCAUUGCUAUUUAAAGUAAUCAAAUAAAGGUCAAAAUAGUUCCAAUUGAUAGAAUAUUGACAAGCGCCCACGAAUAUACUCAAAUAAUUAAUUAUAAAAGUUUAAUAGGUGAAAAAGAAAUAAAUAAAUACAAGGCGAAAGGAGGAAGGAAAACAAUUUCCGGAACAUUUCAAUCAUUCAAUAUACGUAAUAAUUAUUAAUUACAAUAAUUAAAAAUCAUCUAAACAACCUGAGGCGGCUUCUAAGCAGCGUAAGCGGCUUUAAAUUUAGUUAGUAUGGAGUGCUGUUUGUCGGAAGAGGCCAAAGAACAGAAACGCAUCAAUCAAGAAAUCGAACGCCAACUGCGUAGGGAUAAACGUGAUGCGCGAAGAGAACUCAAGCUUUUGCUAUUGGGUACCGGUGAAUCGGGUAAAUCCACAUUUAUCAAACAGAUGCGUAUUAUUCACGGAAGCGGUUAUUCGGAUGAAGAUAAACGUGGUUAUAUAAAAUUAGUCUUUCAAAAUAUAUUCAUGGCGAUGCAGUCGAUGAUCAAAGCUAUGGAUAUGUUACGAAUUUCCUAUGGCAAAGAAGAACAUAGUGAACUUGCUGCCCUCAUUAUGAGCAUUGAUUACGAAACAGUAACUACAUUUGAAGAUCCAUAUUUGUCAGCCAUUAAAACGUUAUGGGAUGAUACGGGUAUACAAGAGUGCUACGAUCGACGAAGAGAAUAUCAAUUGACAGAUUCAGCUAAAUAUUAUCUAAUGGAUCUUGAUCGUGUGGCUCAACCUGACUAUUUACCAACGGUGCAGGAUAUAUUACGUGUUCGUGUGCCGACAACGGGGAUCAUUGAAUAUCCUUUCGAUUUAGAAGAAAUACGUUUUAGCUAUUUAAGUGAUCUACCACGUAUCGAGCUACCAGAUUAUUUACCGACUGAACAAGAUAUUCUGCGUGCUCGUGUUCCUACUACCGGUAUACUCGAAUAUCCAUUCGAUUUGGAUGGCAUUGUGUUUAGAAUGGUAGACGUAGGCGGCCAGCGUUCGGAGAGAAGAAAAUGGAUUCAUUGCUUUGAAAACGUAACAUCCAUUAUAUUUUUGGUUGCCCUAUCGGAAUAUGAUCAAAUUUUAUUCGAAUCUGAUAACGAGAAUCGUAUGGAAGAAUCAAAAGCUUUAUUUAGAACUAUAAUUACGUAUCCAUGGUUCCAAAACUCAUCCGUUAUUCUUUUCUUAAAUAAGAAAGACUUGUUAGAAGAAAAAAUUAUGUAUUCGCAUUUGGUGGACUAUUUUCCUGAAUACGAUGGUCCACAAAGAGACGCUAUAGCCGCCCGUGAGUUUAUAUUGCGUAUGUUUGUAGAUUUAAAUCCCGAUUCUGAAAAAAUCAUUUAUUCUCAUUUUACAUGUGCUACAGAUACUGAAAAUAUUAAACUUGUAUUUUGCGCCGUCAAGGAUACCAUUAUGCAAAAUGCUCUUAAGGAAUUCAAUUUGGGUUAAGUAUUUUCUGGUUUCCUUUUUCUACUUUUACUCACCGCCACUUCAAUUGUCCACUAUGACUCAUUCUAAGUAAUCAUUGGCUAAUUUAUGAAAAUGAAAUUAUAUCAAAUUAGUAAAAAAAA